GCCUCACAGGAGCCUUGCGAUGGAUGUGCGGAAGCGGCUGGCGUUGCUACUCUGCGCCGCGGCGCUGUUGAGCUGUGGCCUAGCCACCGCUGAUGAAGAAGGAAGUCAGGAUGAGUCAUUAGAAUCAAAGACUUCCUUGCCUUCAGAAGAACAGGUGGGGGACCACUCCACAGGAACCCGUGUUGUGGCAGGUCAGAUCUUCCUUGAGUCAGAGGAAUCAGACUCUCACACUGAAGAUGAAGAGAGCUUUAGGAGCCAAGAAGAGGAGAAAGGGAGCAUGUUGGAGGAGCUUAACUUGUUUGAAAUGUCAGACCUAUUAAAUGAGAACUUGGAAGAUGUAGAAAUGCAGAAACCAGUUUUAACAGCCAUCGGAGGCACUGCAGACAGUGAGCCCUGCCACUUCCCCUUCCUGUUCCUGGAGAAGGAGUAUGCAGAAUGUACUGCUGAUGGGAGGGAAGAUGGCAGGCUUUGGUGUGCAACAACCUAUGAUUACAAGAGAGAUCAAAAGUGGGGCUUCUGUGAAACUGAAGAGCAGUCUAAUAAGAGAAGACAAAUGCAGGAAGCAGAGGAUGUUUACCAGACUGGGAUGAAAAUCCUUAACGAGAGCAGUAAAAAGGCACAGAAGAAAGAAGCAUAUCAGUAUCUUCUGAAAGCAGCUGACAUGAACCAUACCAAGGCAAUGGAAAAAGUGUCUUAUGCUCUAUUGUUUGGGGAUUACCUGAAGCAAAACAUCCAGUCUGCUAAAGAGCUGUUUGAGAAACUGACUGAGGAGGGAUCUCCUAAAGGGCAAACGGCUCUUGGAUUUCUCUAUGCAUCUGGUCUUGGUGUUAAUUCCAGUCAAGCUAAGGCCCUGGUUUAUUACACUUUUGGAGCUCUCGGAGGAAAUCUUAUAGCGCACAUGAUUUUAGGUUACCGGUACUGGGGUGGGAUAGGAGUCCUUCAGAGUUGUGAAUCUGCUCUCACUCACUAUCGACUUGUGGCUAAUCAUGUGGCUAGCGAUAUAUCUCUGACAGGAGGCACAGUUGUGCAGAGAAUUCGCCUGGCAGAUGAAGUGGAAAAUCCAGGAAUGGCCAGUGGGAUGCUGGAGGAAGAUUUGAUUCAAUAUUACCAGUUUCUAGCAGAGAAAGGAGAUGUACAAGCACAGGUUGGCCUUGGUCAGUUACAUUUACAUGGAGGAAGAGGAGUGGAGCAAAAUCACCAGAGAGCAUUUGAAUACUUCAACCAAGCAGCUAAUGCUGGUAACUCACAUGCCAUGGCCUUUCUAGGAAAGAUGUAUUCGGAAGGAAGUGAUAUCAUACCCCAGAGCAAUGAGACUGCUCUUCAGUAUUUCAAGAAAGCUGCUGAUAUGGGCAAUCCAGUUGGACAGAGUGGGCUAGGAAUGGCUUACCUGUAUGGAAGAGGAGUUCCAGUGAAUUAUGAACUGGCAUUAAAGUAUUUCCAGAAGGCUGCAGAACAAGGAUGGGUAGAUGGACAGCUUCAGCUGGGCUCAAUGUAUUACAAUGGCAUUGGAGUGAAGAGAGACUAUAAACAGGCUUUGAAAUAUUUUAAUUUGGCCUCCCAGGGUGGUCAUAUUCUGGCUUUCUAUAAUCUGGCACAGAUGCACGCCACUGGCACCGGGGUGAUGCGCUCCUGUCAUACUGCUGUUGAGUUAUUUAAGAACGUAUGUGAACGAGGGCGCUGGUCUGAGAGACUCAUGACUGCCUACAAUAGCUAUAAAGAUGGUGAUUCAAAUGCUGCUGUGGUUCAAUAUCUCCUGUUGGCAGAACAAGGCUACGAAGUGGCACAGAGCAAUGCUGCCUUCAUACUUGAUCAGAAAGAGGCCAGCAUAGUAGGAGAGAAUGAGACUUAUCCCCAAGCCUUGCUGCAUUGGAAUAGAGCAGCCUCCCAAGGUUACACUGUUGCUAGAAUUAAGCUUGGAGAUUACCAUUUCUAUGGCUUUGGUACCGAUGUUGAUUAUGAAACUGCAUUUAUUCACUAUCGACUGGCAUCAGAGCAACAGCAUAGUGCCCAAGCCAUGUUUAACCUGGGGUACAUGCAUGAGAAAGGACUGGGCAUCAAACAGGAUAUUCAUCUUGCAAAACGCUUCUAUGACAUGGCAGCUGAAGCCAGCCCAGAUGCUCAAGUUCCUGUCUUCCUAGCACUCUGUAAACUCGGGAUUGUCUACUCCUUGCAGUAUGUACGAGAAACCAAUAUCAGAGAAAUAUUGUCACAUCUUGACAUGGACCAGCUGUUGGGACCUGAGUGGGACCUUUACCUUAUGACUAUCAUCGCUUUGCUCCUAGGAACAGUUAUAGCUUACAGACAGAGGCAACACCAAGCUAUCCCCAGACCGGCAGGGCUGCGGCCAGCUGUGCCCCAACAAGAACCUCCACCAGAACAUCAGCCACCACAAUAG